UGACACAUUUUUUUUCAGUUCCUAAACAGUUUAUGGCCUCUCAUCUGCAGUCCGCUUUCCUUUGUCUUAUGCUUUGGAUAACUCCUACUUUCUUUUUUCCUUUAAAAAAAUUUAUAACAGGCCUAAUAUUUGUAAAAAUCCACGGGUAAAAUAAGAUUUAAAGAAAUAAAGUGCAGUUAAGAGCUUCACUUUUUUUCCUAAACAUGUAAUAUCCAAAAAUAUGUAGGCUUAAAAAAAUGUGAUUCUACUAGCUUGCCUCUUCCUUUUUCCUCGAUAAGAUUACUACAGGAUUUAUUUAUUUAAAAUUUAUAAUCAAACUUAUACAGAUAGUUUAAUCAAUCAGUUCUACAAAAUUUGUUAAGAAAAACAGUCCAGGUUCUGGUUCCAGAUAAGAUGGAGUAAGCAUACUUCGCCCUGUCUCUCCCACUGAAUGCAGCUAUAAAACCUGGACAGAAUGCUUGGAGUGGCUAUUUGAGGACUCUGAAAAAUAAGUAGUAGGAGGCAGAUUGGGGAAGAAGACCAGAAUUGAAAGUACCAGUGAACCGGUGGAAAAGACCAUGUUUGUAGAUUUAUUGGCUGUGGGAGGAACGAUCGCUUCAACUAUGUGGUCAUGCAGUUGCAGGGUCGGAAUCUGGCAGAUCUACGCCGUAGCCAGUCCCGGGGCACAUUCACUAUUAGCACUACUCUUCGGCUGGGUAGACAGAUUCUGGAAUCUAUUGAGAGCAUCCAUUCUGUGGGAUUCUUGCACCGAGACAUCAAACCGUCGAACUUUGCCAUGGGUCGCUUUCCUAGUACAUGUAGGAAGUGUUACAUGCUUGAUUUUGGCUUGGCUCGACAAUUUACUAAUUCCUGCGGUGACGUCAGACCACCUCGAGCUGUGGCAGGCUUUCGAGGGACAGUUCGUUAUGCAUCAAUCAAUGCUCAUCGGAACAGAGAAAUGGGAAGACAUGAUGACCUUUGGUCCUUAUUCUACAUGUUAGUGGAAUUUGUGGUUGGCCAGCUGCCAUGGAGAAAAAUAAAGGACAAGGAACAAGUAGGCUCUAUUAAGGAGAGGUAUGACCACAGGCUUAUGUUGAAACAUCUCCCUCCAGAAUUCAGCAUCUUUCUGGACCACAUCUCCUCUUUGGAUUAUUUUACAAAACCAGACUAUCAGCUUCUUACAUCCGUGUUUGACAACAGCAUCAAAACCUUUGGAGUAUUUGAGAGUGACCCUUUUGACUGGGAGAAGACUGGAACUGAUGGCUCUCUAACAACCACCACUACUUCUACCACCCCUCAGCUGCACACCCGCUUGACCCCUGCAGCAAUUGGAAUUGCCAAUGCCACUCCCAUCCCAGGGGACUUGCUUCGAGAAAAUACAGAUGAAGUGUUUCCAGAUGAACAGCUUAGUGAUGGGGAGAAUGGCAUCCCUGUUGGUAUGUCACCAGAUAAAUUGCCUGGAUCUCUGGGACACACUCAUCCUCAGGAGAAGGAUGUCUGGGAAGAGAUGGAUGCCAACAGGAACAAGAUAAAGCUUGGGAUUUGUAAGGCUGCUACUGAAGAGGAGAAUAGCCAUGGUCAAGUGAAUGGUAUUCUGAAUGCUCCAAGCCUCGGUUCACCAAUUCGUGUCCGCUCAGAGAUUACUCAGCCAGACAGAGAUGUCCCAUUGGUGCGAAAGUUACGUUCUAUCCACAGCUUUGAGCUGGAAAAACGUCUGACACUGGAGCCAAAGCCAGAUACUGACAAGUUUCUUGAGACCUGCCUGGAGAAAAUGCAGAAAGAUGCAGGAAAGGAACCCGUUCUUCCUGCUCUGCUUCAUAAGCCUUGUGUUCCUGCUGGAGCCCGUACUGACCACAUCUGGAACUAUGAUGAAGAAUAUCUUCCAGAUGCUUCUAAGCCUGCCUCUGCCAACACCCCUGAGCAGGUGGAUGGCGGUGGCAGCAAUGGAUUUAUAGCUGUUAAUUUGAGCUCUUGCAAACAGGAGGUUGAUUCCAAAGAAUGGGUGAUUGUGGACAAGGAGCAGGACCUUCGGGAUUUUAGGACAAAUGAGGUUUUAGGCCAUAAAACCACGGGGAGCCCUUCUGAUGAGGAGCCUGAAGUACUUCAAGUUCUAGAGGAAUCACCUCAAGAUGAAAAGCUCCGAUUGGAUCCUUGGGCAGAAAAUACUCAUUUCAAGAAGGAAACCUCAGAUGUGAUCUUAGCACUUUCUGGGGAGUGCCUUGCCACUGCUGCUUUAGAGCAAUAUACAGAUAGGCUAGAACUCCAGGCUGGAGCUGGUGGUCAGUUUAUUGCAGCAACACCCACAAGUCCAAUGGAGGCACAAGCGGAAGGACCCCUUACUGCGAUUACAAUUCCUCGACCUUCUGUGGCAUCUACACAGUCAACUUCAGGAAGCUUUCACUGUGGUCAGCAGCCAGAGAAGAAAGACCUUCAGCCCAUGGAGCCCACUGUGGAACUUUAUUCUCCAAGAGAGAACUUCUCUGGCUUGGUUGUGACAGAGGGAGAACCUCCUAGUGGAGGAAGCAGAACAGACUUGGGGCUUCAGAUAGAUAUUGGUCAUGACAUGUUACCCAAUAUUAGAGAGUGUGACAAAUCCCAAGACCUGGGACCAAAGGACCUUCCUGACCAUAACAGACUGGCUUUGAGAGAAUUUGAGAGUUUCCCUAGGGAAACUGAAGAGAAAAGCAUUCUGCUAGGGUCAGAUAAUGAAGAUGAGAAGUUAAGUAAAGGGCAGCAUUAUAUUGAGAUCUCCUCUCUCCCAGGAGACUUGGUAACUGUGGAAAGAGAUCACUCAGCGACUACCGAACCUCUUGAUAUGACAAAAACACAGACUUUUAGUGUGGUGCCUAAUCAAGACAAAAAUCAUGAGAUAAUGACUCUUCAGGCAGUUGAAACUUCAGAAAUUUCUCCAGGAGUCAUUGACCCACAUGCUGAAGAACAUAUAGGCCAGGUGGCAACAGUGCAAAAAAGUAAGAUAUCUAAGGAUGAUGACAUCAAGAGUGAAGACUUGCCAGGUGAUCAAGGAGACCUCUCUACUGUUUUGCACCAAGAGGGUAAGAAAGAGAAAAUUGCACCUAGAAAUAGAGAGCUAUUUAAUUGUGUUUCAGAGAGUGAACGUUGUCCCGCAUCCCGGAAGGAUGUGAUUAGGUCAUCCUUCGUAACUAGACACAGCCGAAUCCCUGUUUUAGCACAAGAGAUAGACUCAGCUUUUGAAUCAUCCUCUCCAGUCUCUGCAAAAGAAAAACUCCUCCAAAAGAAAGCUUAUCAACCAGACCUACUCAAACUUCUGGUGGAAAAAAAGCAACUCAAGUCUUUCCUUGGGGACCUCUCAAGUGCCUCUGAUAAAUUGCUGGAAGAGAGACUAGCCACUGUUCCUGCUCCCUUUUCUGAGGAGGAAGUCUUGACUCCCUUUUCAAGACUGGCAAUAGACACCCCCCUGAGCAGGUCAGCUGAAGAUAGCUUUUUGUCACCUAUCAUCUCCCAGUCUAGAAAGAGCAAAAUUCCAAGGCCAGUGUCAUGGGUCAACACAGAUCAAGUCAAUAGCUCAACUCCAUCACAGUUCUUGCCUCGGCCACCACCAGGAAAGCCACCCACGAGGCCCGGAGUAGAAGCCAGGCUCCGCAGAUACAAAGUUCUAGGGAGUAGCAAUUCCGACUCAGACCUUUUCUCCCGCCUGGCCCAAAUUCUUCAAAAUGGAUCUCAGAAACCCCGGAGCACUACUCAAUGCAAGAGUCCAGGAUCCCCUCACAAUCCAAAAACACCACCCAAGAGUCCAGUUGUCCCUCGCAGGAGUCCCAGUGCCUCUCCUCGAAGCUCUUCUUUGCCUCGCACGUCUAGUUCCUCACCAUCUAGGGCUGGACGGCCCCACCAUGACCAGAGGAGUUCAUCCCCGCAUCUGGGGAGAAGCAAGUCACCUCCCAGCCACUCGGGAUCUUCCUCUUCUAGGAGGUCCUGCCAACAGGAGCAUUGCAAACCCAGCAAGAAUGGCCUGAAAGGAUCCGGCAGCCUCCACCACCACUCAGCCAGCACUAAAGCUCCCCCAGGGAAGAGUAAGUCAGCCAGUAAACUCAGCAGAUAGGAGGCAGGCUGCAUCUCUGUGAAAGGUGUGAGAUCAUCCUCCUAAACCUGUUGCAUGUGUGUCCCUGUACUAUUUUUAAAAAUCUGUGAUUUUCUCUUGCAAAAGAAAGUAACAUGAUAAAUUAUUUAUAAGGAGACAUAAAUAUAUGAUAAGGCAUUACUAAGGCAGGCAACAAGCAGAUCAGGAAUCAAUGCCUUUGCAUAGGAAGGGCAGUCUAGCAAAUCCAAGGGGGAGAAACUGAUUAAAUGAACUAAUUUUUUUAGCUGCUUCUGAAACAAGAGAGUUGGAGGUAGGAGAUGGAAUGGAAUUUUAAAGGAUUUGGCCUACUUAUUUUUUAAGGCUCUAUUCUAACAUUAUAUAGCAAAAUUGAAACUUCCUGUUUUAAUAUUUUCAUUCAAAACUCCCAAACUUUGGAGAUCAGAAUUGCUCCAAUAUGUUAGAAGCCUGUUGCUGGGGAGCCAAUGCUAAUAGACAUAUAUUUGGCUUGUGUGUUUGUCUAUAUUUACUUUGCCUCAUUCCUAGUACCCUCCCUGGAUUUCACAUUUUUUAAAGUUAGUGUUUCUCACCGGAUCCAAUCUCUAUUCUUGUAUUUUAACAACAAUACAUUCUAAUAUGCUUUUAGCAGCACAUGCUAAAAAUUUCAAAUCCGAUUACUGUUUUGUAGUCCCCUAGUAUUUUUCUUUGGAGCAUUAUAUUCUCGGUAUAUUUUUAUUGUGAAAAAUAACUGAUGACACUUAGGUAAUGGAAGGAAAAGUCUAAAUAGAGCUAGUUUGCAGGCUUUAGUGCUUUAGGGAGAGAGGGGCAGAGUGGGAGUUAAUACCCUUCAAGGUAGAAGAAUGCUCUUUCCCUGUAAUUUUCCUCUUUGUGGAAGGAAAACUGACCAGAAUGGACCUUGCUUCCUUAAUUCUUCUAGGUACCAACUAUUUCUAACAUCAACCUCCAAGAUGAUACCAAGGAAGUACCGUGCUGUGGCAUGUGACCUUAUGCUUUUAGAGAUUUAGAAAGAAAAAUAGAAAGAAAUUAGGUAUGUUGUUGAGACUUAUGAUCCUCAAACUUUGUAUUUUAUACAUUCAGUCAAUUAGGAAUGAGUAUCUGGGGAAAUAAAUUUAGGUUCAGUAUUUAUCUUUUAAAGUUUUAUUACCUGCUUCUCCUGUGCUUUAGUUUGAACAUUUGGGCUUCUUGACCUGAUUUCCAUGUAAUCUCAAUUUAUAAAGCUACAAAGAAGAUAUAUUUGUUCUAAUCUCACUCUUCUAACAGGAAUCAGGCAAAAUUAAAUCAUAGUAAACUUUGAAAA